UGGAGCUUGUUGGCCAGCUUGAAACUGCACUGCUCGACGCUGUCCGCCGUACAUUGGGAGUUUAGCUCAUCUCCACGCUGAUCGCGAUCAUUAGCAUCAAUUGGCGGACACCAUUAUUACUAGAUCCGAUCUUUUGCAACUCAAACCGCCACGGUCACAUUUUCACCAAUAACCCGACGAAUCCAGGCUGACGGUCUGAGAUACCUGGCAAGUUCGCCGCUUGCAACUUGCAAGGAAUCGAGCCCAACGCCGCGCAUCGACCGCCCCAUUGCGCACGGACAACUGAGCUCCCGCGUCCUACCUUUCAGCUUGCGCAUCGAAAACCUCAAUCUUAAAGGAACACGAUCACCAAUAAUGAUGCACUCCUCCAGGCAUGGUUCCGAGACCUGCACCAUUUCUCCCUUCGAGCCGUCUGUCCCGGUGGAGAUCGUCAUGCAAAUCUUAGAGGCAGCAGCGGCGCUCUCGCAUGAUGCUGCAGCAUCGGUCUCGCUGGUGUCCUCGUGGGCGCGCAAGCUCGCCUUGCCCUAUCUCUUCUCCACCAUCAUCCAUCGACAAAAGCCCCUGACACACCUGGAUUUGCAGAACUCUGGAUGGGCGGCAGUCCCCACUUCGCGCUCUCCUUUGCCUGCUUAUCUUGGACGUUACGUGCGCAGUCUCUGGACGGAGAGCAUUGGGAUAGCCUCGCCCACUAGCGAGAUAGAUUUCCUCAAACCAUGCGUGCACGUCGAACACCUCGCUCUGCCCACGGCAGCCCUCCGCGUAGUAUUCAUGCUCUGUCAAACGGUCGCCAAGUCCGGUCGGAAGAGCCAGCUGGACGCUCCUCUCCUGUCCUCGCUUCACUCCCUCACCCUCCUCACGCACACACUGCGGUAUGAAUGGCACUUUCUCAAGGAUUUGCGCAUCCCGAAUGGCACCCUAUUCCUGCACAACAUCACGCACCUCCGCUUGCUCGACAUGCAGAUCUCUGCAUACGUUCCGCACGAGCUGCUCCCAAACCUCACUCACCUCGCCGUGCCCUACCUCGAUCUCGGCGCGAACGUCUCACGUGGUCACGUCCGUCUGCCCGACGGCAUCCUGGACCACAAGUCCAUGCGGAUGAUCGUCCUCACCGUCGACGAGCGCAAGUUCCUGCACAACCCGUGGUACCAUAUCAUGCGCUAUCCGACGACCAUGACCGCACGCGCGGACGAUGUCACGUAUACUUCUCCUCGGGACGCUUUCCGCGGACUCAUGCAGGAGGCACGGGAGAAGGACGAGCGGAUAUACGUCGUUUUGUCUCCUCAAGGUCAGACCUCCCGCGAAGAGUGGAUUGAGGCCGCCAGAGGUGGGAUGAGUAUAUGGGGAAGGGCGGUCCAAGCUAGAAACGACGCUAACUACGGGACGAUGCUUCCCGAGAUCUAUCACCCUACUUAGAUAUCUGAUCCCGAAAUCCCAUGGAACAUUGAAACAUUGACCAAAUAUAGGACAUUGCCGGAUUGGCGUGCGUUCGUAUCGUCGCAUUUGAUGGACUAAGUUAGUUGUUGUAGCUAGUGGUAGGCUUGCGUUGUAUACUGCUUCAGAAUCUAGUGUAACAGAACCUCGACUCCAUCCGUCUUGUAUUGUACUAGUGCCAUGUUGCUCGCGAUUACCGCAUAGAAAGCCAGAUACUUGUG